AUGAUCAUGUCACGCACUCCAGCCUGCUUUUUCGUGCUUCGUCGUCUCUACCAUCGAUAUCCGCCUCGGAUUAUACUCCCAGCCUUCAAAAUGGCCGACAUCGACGGUCCUCCGGCCAAGAAACAGAAAUUAAAUCCCCCAGAAAAGAAGGCUGCGAAGAAGAACUCCAAACGACAGCAUCGCAAAGACCAGCGUAACUCACUUCCGGAACCGUGUUCCAACGAAGAUGUCCUCUGGCAGGAGAUAAAGGAAGUUCUUGGGGAGCAGUAUGUCGACGAUGCAUUAGAGCAAGGAACUGAACGCGACUCUCCGUUCGAAUUCCACCAAGAGCUUCAAGUACAAAUUGUUGCAUUGAGUUCGACUGGCUCUGCACUUGCGACAGCUGUAGAUAGCUCACGACCAUGGGUUAUUGUGGUUCCCUUCUCACUUCCAGGCGAAAUUGUGCGGCUAAAAAUCUAUCGGAACGCCCGUUUGCACUCGUUUGGUGACUUCAUCGAGCUCGUGAAACCAAAUUCAGAGCUGCGGGACGACAGUCGUGUAAAGUGCCAGUAUUUUGGACGCUGUGGGGGUUGUCAAUAUCAGAUGCUUUCCUAUGAUACACAACUUGAACUCAAACGGGAUGUGGUAGUGAAAGCUUACCAAAAAUUCUCCAAACUCCCGCAAACAGCACUACCCCCCAUAGGAUCCACGCUUCCCUCUCCGUUGCAAUACGAAUACCGCACCAAAAUUACCCCUCACUUCGAGGCGCCCACGAAAAAGCAACGGAAUGAUCCAAACAAUCCCCAAAAUGAUAUCGACAAGCCCGACUGGUUCAGGAUCGGAAUGAACGAAGCCGGCAGCCAGAGAGUUGUCGAUAUUGAAGACUGCCAGAUUGCAUCGCCUACAAUCCGUCAAGCGUUACCAGAAGUUCGGGCAAACGCCGUCAGAAACCUGUAUAAUUACAAAAAGGGCGUAUCACUCAUCCUUCGUGAUUCCCUUCCAAUACCCUCCGCUGAUUCGGUGGUCGACUCUUUGGCUACAGACCUUGACAAGCAUGUGUGUGUUACAGACCACAGGGGAACAAUCCGCGAGAGAGUCGGGUCAUUGCUGUUCGAAUAUCCUGCGAGCUCCUUUUUCCAGAACAACAACUCAGUUCUUCCAUCGCUCACAUCUUACGUCGAGGCACAAAUUUUCGCAGACAAGACCUACAAGCCAACCCAUCUGGUAGACGCCUAUUGUGGUGCCGGGCUCUUUGCCAUAUCACUUUCUCCACACUUUGAAACCGUUGCCGGUAUAGAACUAUCAGCCGACUCCAUUCGUGCUGCAACACGUAAUGCGGUCACCCUCAAUUCUAUACCUGCUAGCAAGAUCUCUUUCCGUGCGGGCGACGCUAAAGACAUAUUUUCGGCUGUUGGUGAUUUCCCUCCACAAGACACGGUCGUGAUUAUCGACCCCCCACGGAAGGGUUGCGACGAGCCUUUCAUCAAACAACUGCUGGCCUUCAGAGCUCGCACAGUUGUUUAUGUCAGCUGCAACGUCCACACACAGGCCAGAGAUGUUGGCAUGAUCCUGAACGAGAACAGAGAGGCAGGACGCGGGAAAUAUGUCUUGGAGAGCCUGAGAGGCUUUGACUUGUUUCCCCAGACCGCUCAUGUCGAAAGUGUUGCCACGCUGAGGCUUGUAGAGGAUUCGUAA